CUUCAGUGUUCGAUGGCUUUCAUUCGCCGUCUAUGGCCUCAAACAUACUCGCCCUUUGGUAUUCUGCGAUGAACGGAAUUCAGUGUACUGGAGACCCUCGCAAGAUCACGGACGGCGAUACCGCUGACGCUCUUGCAGCAAACGGGCAAGCUGUCAGUAAACCUGCCAUCGUGCUGCGAACUGCGCAGGACAUCAGCACCGCUCCACCCCUCGCGUGUACCCUCAAGCAUUGACCACCCUUCGCGUCGGCAGCGCACGGCUCGGCGUGGAGCAAUUUUGAUGAUACAGCUCUAAUUUUGCGGCGUAAUUUACGCGAGCGCAUCAUAUAAUCUCGCCUGCACUCGCUCCUGCUCCCCACCUUUCUCUCUCGUCGCACAAAUCGCGUCCUUGGGCACCCUUGCGCCCUUCCUUUCGUUGCACUCACCGUCGUUCACUUCUCCGGGUAUCGUUUUCUUCUUCUUCA